AUGGCGUCCUCAACUCAGACGCUCACAGACACCAGGACUGACGAGGAAGAAACAAGCAGCUCCUCCACACAUGAAGGUGGAAAGUGUCUGGGAGAAAAAAUGGUGACACCUCAAGAGGUCCUCUUCAGAACUUUAGAAGAUUUGGGAGCUGAGGACUUUGAAAAAUUCAAGUGGUUCCUGCAGCAGAAGGGGGCACUAGAAGGCCUCCCAGCAAUCCCAAAGAGUCAACUGGAGGAUGCAGACCGCAUGAAAACCAUAGAUCAGAUGUUUCAGACUUACAGUAUAAACACGAUGCAAGUGACCAGAAUACUUUUAGUGAAGAUAAAUCAGAAUGAACUAGUGAGGGAAUUAUCCAACACCUCCUUCGAACCUAAAGAGAUUCUUGCUGAGUGCCAGAGAAAACUCAAAUCCAAAUUACAAAAGAAGUUCCAGUCUGUGUUUGAGGGGAUCACUAAAAAAGCAAACCAGAUCCUUCUGAAUCAGAUCUGCACAGAGAUCUACAUCUUAAAGGAAGAAACUGCAGAGGUCAACAUGGAGCAUGAGGUCAGACAGAUUGAAACAGCAUCCAGGAAACCAGACAGAUCAGAAACAACAAUCAGACAAGAAGACAUCUUUAAAGCCUCACCUGGAAGAGAUGAACGAAUCACAGUGCUGACAAAGGGAGUGGCUGGCAUUGGGAAAACAGUCUUAACACAGAAGUUCACUCUGGACUGGGCUGAAGACAAAACCAACCAGGACAUCCACUUCACAUUUCCUUUCACUUUCAGAGAGCUGAACGUGCUGAAAGAGAAAAAGUUCAGCUUGGUGGAACUUAUUCAUCACUUCUUUACUGAAACCAAAGAAGCAGGAAUCUGCAGGUUUGAAGAGUUCCACGUUGUGUUGAUCUUUGACGGUCUGGAUGAGUGUCGACUUCCUCUGGACUUCCACAACACUGAGGUCCUGACUGAUGUCACAGAGUCCACCUCAGUGGAUGUGCUGCUGACAAACCUCAUCAGGGGGAAACUGCUUCCCUCUGCUCGCCUCUGGAUAACCACAAGACCUGUAGCAGCCAAUCAGAUCCCUGUUGACUGUCUUGACAUGGUGACAGAGGUCAGAGGGUUCACUGACCCUCAGAAGGAGGACUACUUCAGGAAGAGAUUCAGAGAUGAGGAGCAGGCCUGCAGGAUCAUCUCCCACAUCAAGACAUCACGAAGCCUCCACAUCAUGUGCCACAUCCCAAUCUUCUGCUGGAUCUCUGCUAAAGUUCUGGAGAAGCUGUUGAAAACCAGAGAGGGAGGAGAGCUGCCCAAGACCUUGACUGAGAUGUACAUCCACUUCCUGGUGGUUCAGUCCAAACGGACAAACGUCAAGUAUCAUGGGAAAUUUGAGAGAGAUCCACUCUGGAGUCCAGAGAGGAGGAAGAUGAUUGAAUCUCUGGGAAAACUGGCUUUUGAUCAGCUGCAGAAAGGAAACCUGAUCUUCUAUGACUCAGACCUGACAGAGUGUGGCAUCGAUAUCACAGCAGCCUCAGUGUACUCAGGAGUGUUCACAGAGGUCUUUAGAGAGGAGAGUGAACUGUACGAGGACAGGGUGUUCUGCUUCGUCCAUCUGAGUGUUCAGGAGUUUCUGGCUGCUCUUCAUGUCCAUCUGACCUUCAUCGAGUCUGGAGUCAAUCUGAUGGCAGAAGCAAGAUGGUGGUCCAAAGUCUUCAGAGACAAACCUAAACUAAAACAUCUCUACCAGAGUGCUGUGGACAAGGCCUUACAGAGUCCAAAUGGACACCUGGACUUGUUCCUCCGCUUCCUCCUGGGUCUUUCUCUGGAGACCAAUCAGAACCUCCUACGAGGUCUGCUGACACAGACAGGAAGUAGCUCACAGACCAAUGAGGAAACAGUCCAGUACAUCAAGAAGAAGCUCAGGAGGAAUCUGUCUGCAGAGAGAAGCAUCAACCUGUUCCACUGUCUGAAUGAACUGAAUGAUCGUUCUCUAGUCGAAGAGAUCCAACAGUCCCUGAGAUCAAGAAGUCUCUCCACAGAUAGACUAUCUCCUGCUCAGUGGUCAGCUCUGGUCUUCAUCUUACUGUCAUCAGAAACAGAUCUGGAUGUGUUUGACCUGAAGAAAUACUCUGCUUCAGAGGAGGCUCUUCUGAGGCUGCUGCCAGUGGUCAAAGCCUCCAACAAAGCUCUGUUAACUAGCUGUAAGCUCUCCGAGAGAAGCUGUGAAGCUCUGUCCUCAAUUCUCAGCUCCCAGUCCUCUAGUCUGAGAGACCUGGACCUCAGUAACAACAACCUGAAGGAUUCAGGAGUGAAGCUCCUGUCUGCUGGUCUGAAGAGUCCACUUUCUGAACUGAAAACCCUCAGUCUGUCAGGCUGUCUGAUCUCAGAGGAAGGCUGUUCUUCUCUGGCCUCAGCUCUGAGGUCCAACCCCUCCCAUCUGAGAGAGCUGGACCUGAGUAACAACGACCUGAAGGAUUCAGGAGUGAACCUUCUGUCUGCUGGACUGAAGAGUCCACUAUGUGAACUGAAAACCCUCAGUCUGUCAGGCUGUCUGAUCUCAGAGGAAGGAUGUUCUUCUCUGGCCUCAGCUCUGAGGUCCAGCUCCUCCCAUCUGACAGAGCUGGACCUGAGCUACAAUCAUCCAGGAGACUCAGGAGUGAAGCAGCUGAAGGAUCCACGAUGCAGACUGGAUAUUCUCAGGGUGGACCAUUGUGGAGAGCACAGGUUAACACCUGGGGUGAGGAAGUAUUUCUGUCAACUCACACUGGACACAAACACAGUAAACAGUUACCUCAUACUGUCUGAGAACAACAGGACGGUGACAUUUGUUGGAGAGAAACAGUCAUAUCCUGGUCAUCCAGAGAGAUUUGGGUACUGGCCUCAGCUGCUGUGUAGAGAUGGUCUGACUGGUCGCUGUUACUGGGAGGUCGAGAGGAGAGGACAUGUUGAUGUAGCAGUGAGUUACAGAGGAAUCAACAGGAAAGGAUUGAGUGACUGUUGGUUUGGAGGAAAUGAUCAGUCCUGGAGUCUGGAGUGCUCUGAUGUUGGUUACUCUGUCUGGCACAAUAACAUUAAAACAGUCCUCUCCUCCUCCUCCUCCUCCUCCUCCUCCUCCUCCUCCUCCUCCUCCUCCUCCUCCUCCUCCUCCUCCUCCUCCGGUAGAGUAGGAGUGUAUGUGGACUGUCCUGCCGGCUCUCUGUCCUUCUACAGAGUCUCCUCUGACUCACUGAUCCACCUCCACACCUUCAACACCACAUUCACUGAACCUCUUUAUCCUGGGUUUAGGUUCCUGUCCUCUGGUUCCUCAGUGUCUCUGUGUGUUCUGUAGGACGGAGACGACUUCCUGUCCUGUGGUCUGAAUGUUGGAUGAAGCUUCACUUUGUUUAACAUUUGAUUCUCUGAUUGUUUCUUGUCACAAAUGUUUUCUUCUUAUAAACGGUGAAAUGAUCUCAGGGCUGAACUCUGAUUUUCUCUUGAAUCAAGUUUUUUUUGGAGCAGCGUCUUGUAGCUGCUAAUGUCUGUCGUGAUUGAUCUCAAUAAAGGUUUAAAGACUCACGAGAACAGCAGCUUCUAACAAAUGUAAAUCUGAUUCUGUUUUAAAGAGGAAUAAAGACAUUACCUUCACAAUCCAGAGUCAUUUUCUUAAAAAUAAAAAAUAAAAAUAAAUAAAAGACAAUUAUGAAGAUGAUUUGGU